AAUAAAAGGCAGUCACACACUAGUUACUUCCACACAUCUCACCCAGUUUCAGGCAGUGCAAGCACCUUGGAGGGAACAAAACAAGUGUACACAUGGCGAGCACAAGCUUGUGUAUGUGCUUCUUCCUCGUGUUUCUUGGACUGUCCUUCAAUUUGGCACUCGGCCAAGUCCUAUUUCAGGGCUUCAACUGGGAAUCCUGGAAGCAGAACGGGGGAUGGUACAAAUUCCUGAUGGACAAGGUGGACGACAUCGCCGAGGCCGGCAUCACCCACGUCUGGCUCCCUCCGCCGUCGCACUCUGUCGCCGAGCAAGGCUACCUGCCGGGGCGCCUGUACGAUCUUGAUGCGUCCAAGUACGGCAACAAGGCGCAGCUCAAGUCCCUGAUCAAGGCGUUCCACGACAAGGGCGUCAAGGUCAUCGCCGACAUCGUCAUCAACCACCGCACGGCGGAGCACAAGGACGGCCGCGGCAUCUACUGCCUCUUCGAGGGCGGCACGUCGGACUCCCGCCUCGACUGGGGCCCCCACAUGAUCUGCAGGGACGACAAGGCGUACUCCGAUGGAACGGGGAACCUCGACACCGGCCUGGACUUUCCCGGCGCACCGGACAUCGACCACCUCAACAAGCGCGUCCAGCGCGAGCUCAUCGGCUGGCUCAAAUGGCUCCAGACGGACAUCGGCUUCGACGCGUGGCGCCUCGACUUCGCCAAGGGCUACUCCGCUGAGGUUGCCAAGAUCUUUAUCGACAACGCCAAGCCCUCGUUCGCCGUCGCCGAGCUGUGGAGCUCGCUGGCCUACGGCGGCGACGGCAAGCCUUUGCAGGACCAGAACGCGCACCGGCAGGAGCUGGUGAACUGGGUGGAUCGUGUCGGCGGCAAGGCCAGCCCGGCCACGACGUUCGACUUCACCACCAAGGGCAUCCUCAACGUCGCCGUCGAUGGCGAGCUGUGGAGGCUGCGCGGCGCCGACGGCAAGGCGCCUGGUAUGAUUGGGUGGUGGCCGGCCAAGGCCGUCACCUUCGUCGACAACCACGACACUGGCUCCACGCAGCACAUGUGGCCUUUCCCCGCAGACAAGGUCAUUCAGGGCUACGCCUACAUCCUCACACACCCGGGGAACCCGUGCAUCUUCUACGAUCAUUUCUUCGACUCGGGCCUCAAGAAUGAGAUCGCGCAACUGGUGUCCAUCAGGAACCGCCACGGGAUCCAGCCGGACAGCAAGCUGCGCAUCAUCAAGGCCGACGCAGACCUGUACCUCGCUGAGAUCGACGACAAGGUCAUCGUGAAGAUCGGGCCAAGAUUCGGUGCUUCGCAGCUCAUCCCAGGAGGCUUCCAGGUCGUAGCGCACGGAAAUGGCUACGCCGUCUGGGAGAAAAUCUGAGCCAAAUUUGUGCCUCGUCCGGGACGAAGAGUUUUAGCAGAUUGGACCUGCAUUUUUCCUAGCUUACUUCUAAUACGGGAUAGCUACAGCCUGUAUUCGAGAAUAAGCACUUCAUCUGUUAACAACGCGAGGAUGAGGGGCAUACAUACAUUAAUUUGAGGAAUAAUUUGAGGGCCACACUGGAUCAUAUGAUGAACGCUCUGUCACAGGGGACAAAGCCAUGCGUUUUUUUCAGCCCGUUUCAUUUGCAACCUCUACCAAAUCAAUUUAUUUGAUAUCCUUUACUCGAAAACACUUCAGUGAGGUCACUUACCAUCAUGUUCUCGAGUGAGAGUUACCCUCUUGUGCAUUGAAAUACUCUUGCUUAGGGGGUAUUUGGCACUGCUCCACAAACUCUACUAUGGAGCAGCUCUAAAAAAAAACUGGAAUUCGUGGAGUACCUCUUCAGCUUUUUUUUCUUGAAUUGAAUACGUAGAGCUGAAACUGUUUGGCUAAAAAACGUAGAGCAAAACUGAAAAACGUGAAGCAGAGCAGUCCCAAACACCCUCUAACUCUCUCAAGAUGCAAUGAACACCUUCAAAGUGCCAUGGAGAUGGAGAAUAACCAGAGUGCCACGACCAAUCACCAUUCACCAUUGGGUAAGUAGUAGCAGGACCAUUGACAGGGCAGCGUGUUACUUUAUUUAUCGGCAUUCUCUGUAACGUGAAUAAGGGGACAUAUUCUUUUUUGCUACGACAAUAC